GUACAAACUCAUUUCACGUUUGUGGGUCCUCUGCAACACUCCCUUUGCAUAUCGUCUUUCUUUUAAGAGGGAGCAAGCCAACAGACAAGCCAGUGCAAACCUCCAUACAAUUGGAAUAUGGGAAGUCUUUGCUUUUCCCUGUAAUAACACUUCAGCAGAACAGAGUUUACAAAGCCCAAAAGAGAGAAGAAGAAGAAGAAGAAGAUGUCCCAAAGAAAAAGGCAAAAGAUUUCACCCUUAAUCACUCAAAAAUCUGAUCUUUUCGAAGAGCAACCAGACGAUAUUGUGGUUUGCAUCCUCUGCAAGCUCAGCUCCUCCGCUUCCUGUCCUUCGGAUUUCAUCAACAUUCUCGUGACAUGCAAAAGGUUGAAUCGGUUAGCUCUUCAUCCUCAAGUUUUGUCCAAAGCCGGGCCUAAAACAUUUGCAAUCAGAGCAAAAAACUGGUCAGAUUCCGCUCACCGGUUUCUCAAACAGUGCGUUAACGCCGGCAACACCGAAGCUUCCUAUACUCUAGGAAUGAUCCAAUUUUACUGCUUACAAAACCGAGCGAGCGGAGCAUCGUUGAUGGCAAAGGCCGCCAUUAAAUCUCACGCGCCGGCUCUCUAUUCUCUCGCUGUUAUGCAGUUUAACGGCAGCGGUGGCUCCAAGAACAACAAAGAUCUCCGAGCCGGCGUUUCUCUUUGUGCUCGAGCCGCCGUCUUGGGGCACAUAGAUGCUCUACGGGAGCUAGGCCAUUGCCUCCAAGAUGGUUACGGCGUUGCUCAAAACACUGCAGACGGACGCCGGCUCCUAAUCCAGGCUAACGCGCGAGAGCUCGCGUCAUCUCUUCGUUCGAUGCUCACGUGGCAACCGCAACACCAAAACGAACAUCAAUGGCAGCAGCUUCCAUAUGCUUCGUGUGUGACGAUUGGAAGUAUGGGGUGUCCAUUGCUAAGUGACUUCGGUUGUAAUGUGCCGGCGAGGGAAGUGCACCCGGCGAACCGGUUUUUGAGGGAGUGGUUCGAGUCUGGGAUAGGGGUGAUGGGGCCAAACUUGAGAUUGUGCUCACACAGCGGAUGCGGGCGGCCCGAGACAAGGCCGCACGAGUUCCGGCGUUGUUCGGUUUGUGGCAAGGUGAAUUAUUGCUCGCGGGGAUGUCAAGCGAUCGAUUGGAAGUUGAGGCACAAGGUUGAAUGUGUACCAAUGGAGCUGUGGCAUGGCGUAGACGGCGACGAUAAUGAGAUUGGAGGAAUGGUUGAGAUCGAAGAAGGUUAAAAUUGGGUUGUCCUCCAUUGAUAGCAGCGAUCAAAUUGGUAGCGUUUGAUUUGGAAUUUUUAUGGUAAGGAUAUUCUAUUUUGUUAAUUUUAUUUUUUAUAUAUGUAUAUAUCGAGAAAGGUUUGGGAAAUUAUUCAAGUACAAAUUUUGUACUAUAAAAAGAUAUUAUUAUGGUAGGAGAAAAGUUAUGGAAAAUACAUUACUAUUUGUCCUUGCUUGUUGGGUUAGUCUCCACAACAAAAGUCCUUAUUUUGCUAUUUCUUUAUUUAUAAAAUUUUACCUUAUUUUAAUGAUAUAUUUCUUUUUUUCUUGCA